CCUGCGCCGCUACUCAACCAGGGCCCGGCGGGCGUAGAGGAGGCCGAUGCUUUGUGUUCGGCUGGAGGAGCCCGGAGCCGCAAAGCCCCGCCCCUUCCUGGAAGAAACGCUUCUCUUCCCCGCCGCGGUGCAGGUGCGGCCGCCCGGACCGCCGCCAGGGGUGUGUAAUUGUCCCUGACUUGGGCACUGGAAGGUGUAUUGUAUGCAUUAAAAGUAUCGCUCUUGGAGGCCAAGAGGAAGAAGUGAUCCUACGUAUCUCGCCAUAUAUGUUGCAGUACUUGGACACAUCAAGCCAGCAUGGAUGGGAAGAAAUGCAGCAUGUGGAUGUUUUUACCACUUGUGUUCACCCUGUUCACUUCAGCCGGGUUAUGGAUAGUAUACUUCAUAGCAGUGGAAGAUAACAAAAUUCUCCCAUUAAACCUGCCAGAUAGGAAACCUGGUUCCAAAAGUCCACCAUAUAUAAGUAUCGCAGGUGAUGCCCCUCCUGCAAGCUGUGUCUUUAGCCAAGUCAUGAAUAUGGCUGCAUUUCUAGCACUUGUCGUUGCAGUUCUCCGUUUCAUACAGCUGAAGCCAAAGGUGCUAAACCCUUGGCUGAAUGUUAGUGGGCUGGUCGUAUUAUGCUUGGCCUCAUUUGGAAUGACCUUACUUGGCAACUUUCAGCUUUCCAAUGAUGAAGAGAUACAUAAUGUUGGCACCUCCCUGACAUUUGGUUUUGGAACCCUGGCCUGCUGGAUUCAGUCUGCCUUGACGCUCAAAAUAAACUUAAAGAAUGAAGGACGAAAAGUUGGAAUCCCACGAGUCCUCUUAUCUGCUACUAUAACCCUGUGUGUGGUCCUUUAUUUCAUCCUGAUGGCCCAAGAGAUCCAUAUGCAUGCUGCCAGGAUCCAGUGGGGUUUGGUGAUGUGCUUCCUCUGCUACUUCGGCACCUUUGCAGUGGAGUUCAGACACUACAGAUUCGAGAUUGUUUGCUCUGAGUAUCAGGAAAACUUCCUGAGCUUUUCUGAAAGCCUUUCGGAGGCGUCCGAGUAUCAAACGGAUCAGGUGUAGAGCCUGCCUUUGUCACAGUAGCAGGCUAGGGUGGUCACAUGAUUUAACCCACGACCUCAUUACACUUUUUCAAUGAGUUCAUUUUUCAUGUAUAAUCAAAGUCAUAUUGCCAAAGGGCUUUGAGGGUGGUUGCUAAGGGCAAAACAAAACACAAGUAUCUAUCUGAUCAAAUAUGAAGAAAUAAUGUUUUUGUGAGAGAAAUUGCUGAGACACCUCUUUCUCUGCAACCCGUGUCCCAGUCAUAAUACAAAUGCUGAACAGUCAGUCCUCAUAAUACUACAGUAUUAACCCCACUGUACAGAUGAGGAAACUGAAGGAAAGGACUUCUCCAGGACCACAAAUAGAGUUAGGAUUUAGUACUCAGGAUCUGCUGACUCCCUGCCCUGCUCUCAGACCUCUGGACUGCUUCUGUCUAACAUUUCAACUGCAUUUUUUUUCCUUUGCCUUGUUAGACAGGGGUAAUUGGAUUGCACAGUGAGGAAGAACUGCUGGCUCUUGAACUGGUUUUAUACCAUGUGAACUUGGAACCAGUCAGCAGAAGAAAAUGCAAACAUACUGAUCCUUACUAAGAACAGGCACUUCUGGUCUGGAAGGUAGUUAAAGGUGAGACCUUGUUUGAGGAAAACUAGACUACUGAGAAUGUAGCAGAACACUAGUCAAUUAUAGUCAUCAGCUGAUGUCCUUGUUGGUGUGGGACAAGAAUGGCCCACAGGCACUAACUAAACAGAAAACACAAAAUGCAUCGCAGCUGUGGGGCUUAAUCUUUGCUACUUCAAGUUUACGCAUUGGUUUGAACAGCUGGGGCUCGAGUAAGCAAGCAGUGCUAAGUGAAAAUGUGAACAUUCAUUCUGCCUAGACAGGACCUGGAGAGGAUUUAAAUUUUUUUUUAUUUUUAGUGCUUCCAUACGAUACUGUGUAUAAUAGUAAAAAAGCUGCUUUUGUUGCCAUGCCUAAGUGGCAAGAGAAACCUUGAAUAGCAACCCUGGCUCAUGGAUGGUAAAUGCUUAAUGUAGAGUAUAUAGGAUGUAAGCUUAUUUUGCUGCUUUAUGCACUUACAAGGGAAAUUCACCCCUUGGCAGAGUCUGGCACAAAGGAUAAAGCUGAGCCCUACACUGCAUCUUAUUUAAGGCCUAGGCAUCCAGGUAUGCAAUUGAUUCCAUGUGACAAAACCUCACUGAAGUCCCUGUGAGGACUCCUGUAAGAUUAGGGCCCUUAGGACUUAGGCAGUGCACAGGCCUUAGACUGGGCCUCUGCAUGGGUUGAAAUAGUCUUAAAAAUUCAGGUUACUAAAGACAACUAUAGGUGGAGAUGGAUAGAUAAAAUACAGUAUUCAUAGGAGCUUUCUCCUGUUCCUUAAAAGAGGGAAAUCACCUGCCAAUUGUUUCAGUUCUGGAGCAAAUUUUUUGUUACCCAGUUUUAAAUCAUCAGGCUGGUUGGAAAAAAUGUAGAAUUUUUUUUCACCUGAAAAAAGUAUGGUUUUUUUUUUGUUUGUUUGUUUGUUUUUUUGUUUUUUUCCCCAGUGACAAAUAAAAAUCUUAGGUCUGAAAACCAGAUAUUUAAGAGGAAACACUAACAUGGUAGGUAUGAGUUGUUGUUCAGGUGACUAAGCCCUGUUUUGCUCCAUGGGCCAGACUCAAGCUGGAACUUUUAUCUCCCUGCUGAGCCCUCAUGGUGCCUCAUGUAGCCCACCCAGAAAAUAAUGAGCGUGACUGAAAAUAGGGGUGUAAGAUGCAUGAAUUACAAUUUACAUGAGGCAUGUAGUGUUUCUCAGUCACAAGGUUAUAGUUGUGUGAGCUUGGCUUUUUAAUUAAAAGUCAACAUUCCUUGCUGAAACAGAUUUUGAUGGAAAAUUUCCCACUGGCCCUCUUACGCUGUUUUAUUUGGGCCAGAGUUUUGUCUUCCAUUAAUAUUGAUAUAAAUCUAGAGUAACUCUACUGAAUGGAGUAUUUACACCUGAUUGCAGAAUCUGGCUAUUGAGUAUUAUCUUAAAAGAACAGUACUAAAAAGAAAAAAAGGCAGGAAACUUUCUGAGAAGGGAGUGUCUUUGGGGACAGCAUCUAAGUUUAUCUGUAGUGAUUUUACCACACUAGCGGAAAACUCGCAGCUGGUUUAAAGCCAAUCCAGGUAACUUUCCUUUUGUCAGUUAGGGGAAGGUGAGAUGGAACCAGACAUACAUGGGGAAUCGCAUACACACACAUGCAUAUUGAACAGAGAAGCAUAAAUGUUUUUGUUAAAAGGUGUUUUACUGUAAAUAGUCCACUGUGACAUUUUUUUUAAAAUCAAAUACUUCUGUUUUAUCAUUUUGUAUUUUGAAAUUUUCUCAAAGAAAAAUAAUGAAGUUUGUGAUUUUUUUUUUCCUUCUACUAUAUGCAAGCCAAGCUGCAUUUCAGCUGCUUGGUGAUAUACUGUACAUUUCUUAAUGUAUUUCUAAUGGCACAUUUCAGUACAGCUGAAUGAUGACUGAUACACACUGAAACAUGACCACAAAAUAAAUUUCGUUUAUGGAGAAAAUGAAGUUGUUGUUUUCCACUCCCACUUUUUUUCUGCAUGGUUUUGUUAUGAAGAAAGGAAUAAGGUGUGGUCAGGUAUUUUCUCUGAGUAAUGCUACACUGGUGCAAAUCAAUGCUAAUUAGGUUCAAGGACUAUUCGACCAUUUAGAUACAGAUCCAGUAUUAAUGGUUGCUAAUCUGGUACAUUUAAACACAGACAUUUGUUAAAACAGGCUAUAGAUUUGCUCAGAUUAACUGAACCUACCUUGAGGUUGGGCCCUGAACUCUGUAAUCUGUUGCUUUCCCAGGAGAAAAUGCAUUAUCAAGAUUAAAAUUUACUUUUGAAAAGUCUUCUCUGCUUGAAUGAUAUCAAUGUAGAUGGCAAUACAGAGAAAUUAUUGCAAUCUCAGUUCAGUUUUUGUAAGGCAGAUAUUGGCAUUCAAUGUAGGGCUCGGUUCUGCUAUUGGAUUUGCAAGUACAGCGCAGGGUACAUCAAAAUUAAUGGAGGUCCCAUGUGGCAUAAUGAACCCUACUUGCCAAAUACUAUGCAUGGACUGGUCUGCAUUCAGAAAGUUACAUAAAACAAUUCCCUUCUACUUUGUGCUUCUGGUAUUGCCAACCCAAGUGUUCAAAAGUCAUAAGUCAGGCUUCAGCCCUUCCCCUCUUUCGAUCUUAAUGAAUUAAAAAAUUUAAGUAUUUUUUUCAUGUGGGUUAAAUAUGGACUGGAUUGUUAUAUACAGGAAGAAACAAAUAAACUUGUAAAGUGAAUCAGUAGAAAGGGUCUGAAAUUUAAUGGGAUGAAGUGCCAAGUCAUGCACUUAGGAAUCAAUACCAGCAAUUUGUGGUGUAAAACUAGGGUUUGAAGAUUGGAAAUGAUGGCAGAAGAUAAGGACCUUGGCUUAUUAACAGAUGACCAUGAGUCAUUAGCAGGGAUCCUGGUUUUCCACGGAAAAACGGUGAAAACCACGGAUUUCCCCUUUUUAUCAGAGAAAACGCGGAUUUCUCCUUUUAGCAGAAAAACCUGCGGAUUCCCUGCUUUUGCAAACAGCUCUUGCAGGCUGGUUGAGCUGCAGCCUGCAAGAGCUGUUUGCAAACAGGGCAGGAAACCCCCAGCCCUGCCCGGAGGGGUGGCGGAAGAGCAGGGCCUGAAGCGCUCAGUCAGCCACAGCUCCUCUCAGCUCAGCUUCACUCUUUGCUCCGGGAGCCUGAGGUAAGUGGGGCUUGCUGGGGGCCCCUCUGGCAGGGCUGGGGAGUUGUGGAUCAUGGCUAGUGGGU